GCCGCAGCCGCAGCAGCAUACAGCAAGCUCAGCAAGGACGACCCGCUCAGGCAGCACUACGAGGCCCUCUGGCCAGAGCUCGCCGCAGCCAAGCCACCAGCAGAUCAACCAGUCGUCGGUUCCAAGGCAGCGGAGGCAGCAGCUCGACGCUUGGACAAACUCCAGAAGAAGGUACGAUCGGCAGGGGAGCAAGUGGAGAGUGCCCAGCAGUAUUUGGCUGAGAGUGAACGCAAGCUUCGUGAAGCUAUGGAAGCCUCCAUUGCAGCAGAAGAUGAGUUCGACAAGCUCAAGGCCACAGCCGACAAGCAAGAGGCACCAGCCGAACCCGCAGCCGAGAAGCCAACGCUGGCAGCCCUCCUGGAGCAGUUCGAGCACGAGCCUGACGACUUCCACAAGUGGUCCGAGCCCGACAAGGAGGUCUGGCGAGCUGCAAAGGCCAAGGGCGAGCGCAUGGCCCAGACGGUCAAGGAGCACGAGGAGGAGACGGCGAAGCACCUGCGACUUCUGGAGGAAGAGACGGCCAGGCACCAGGAGCAGCUGCGCCAGCUCGAGCAGGCAAGCGUGUCUGCGCUGCCAGCCCAGCCCCUCAGCGAGGUGCCACCACAGGCGCUGAGGCAGCAGGGUCAGCUGCCGCGGCUGCGCCUAACGGCGCCGCAGCAGCUGCCCAACCAGAAGCAGGUGCAGCAGAACAUGACAAAGCAGAGGAACGCCGAGCUAGAGUGGAGGCCCACAUCCAGGAGGCGCGAGAGAAGGUCUCGCAGGCCAGGCGCGCCGAGACAGUCGUCGACGCAGAAGGGCAAGGUGACCACUCAGCAGGGUAGCCGCCCCAAGGCGAGCGCGAAGAAGGCUCGCCGCCCUUACCACAUCGACUUCUUCAAUGUCACGACCUGGGGCACCCAGGCACAGGGCUACCUCAUGGAGAUCAACGACACCAAGGACAGGGACAUCAUCGGCAUCGCGGAGCACCACCUCCGCCAGCCUGCGCAGAUAGGCAAGGCAAGAGCGGCGCUCAGGAUCGCGGGCUUCGACGAGCACUACCUGCACGAGGACGGCAGCGACGUCACGGUGGUGAUUUCCAACCUGCACAAGGUCCGCUUCGCAGUGGCCUUCGUCUACCUUGAGUGUGGGACGGGCUUUGGAGAGAGGAACGUCGACAUCCUCUGCGACCUGCGGGAAAAGAUGGCCGUCUGGGGAGGCGAAGCCAGGUGCAUCGAUUUCGCGCUGAUCUCGCAGGGACUGGCGCCGUAUUUUGACCAGCUAGAGCUGCUCAGGACCGUGCCGUGGAAGCCGCACAUUGGCAUCCGCUUGAAGCUGAGAUGCGACCAGGAAGAAAACGACAUGGAGCCAGUGCCGCAGCUGUACUACGACAAGGAGGCCCAGCACGUCAUCCCUGACGAGCUGUGGCAGGCCACCUCCGAGAGGGUCAGCUUGCGUGUCUACGACGAGUUGCCCCAGCACUUGCAGCACACUGUCGUCGGCAAGAUGAUGGAGCGGGACAUGCUGGAUCUGGGGCAACAGUACGACCACUUCGCUAGCACACUCGAGCUCAGCCUGUGCGAGAGCAUCGGCAUCCCAGAGGAAGAGCGAGGACGUCAUCUCGGGCACAGCAGGCCCCCGAGCUACAAGAGCGUGAGCAUCAAGGACACCGUCACCUCUACGCCACGGGCAGGGGUUGAAAGGAAGAUCCAUGCGUGGUGGGCGGAGAUCUCCUCCUUGGUGCGGCAGCUCUCGCACCACGAUGCCCGAGCGCAGGAGGCAGCGGCAAGUCGACAGGGCAAGACCCAUGCACUUCCCGAUGAGGACUCGGGAGGAGGACAGGGCCUGUUGGAGUCGGAGCUUGGCCCCGUCAUGUCGGGCAGCCAGGAAGGACGCAACACCAUGGACAUCCAAGAUCACGACCCCUUCGAGGAUGAGGAGGAUUACUUGGAGUACCGCCAGGAGAUCGCAGACCAGGAAAACAGCGAUGGGUACCACCAGCACAUCGAGGGGCAGCAGGCCAGCCUCGAGUCCAGCCAGACCGCUCGCCGUCGAGCAGAUGGACCUGAUUCUCACCCACCAGCAGGACGCUGCACCAUGGACGUCCAAGACCACGACCCCUUCGAGGAAGAGGAGGACCGCUUCCAGAACCGCCAGGAGACCGCAGACCAGGAGGACUGCGAUGGGUACCACCAGCGCAUCGAGGGGCAGCAGGACGGCAACAGCUACGGCCAGAGUCAGAACCAAGCGCCGCCAAGCCCAGAGGCAGAUGAGCAACGAGAUAUGGGCCUGCCCCCUUCAGACCCCUGGAAUGACGACCAACACCAGCGGGAGCGGGAAGACUACGUGGCCAUGAGAGACGACCUGGAGUACUGGGCGGCCAUCUGGAUGGAUAACUUGGUGCAGCUCCCCACGGACAACAGCAACUGGAGGCAGAUCUGUGUGCCGUUCCUGGAGACCAUCCUGGGAGGCGGAGGCAACAAUGGCAUGGUGAGACUGCUCAGGCGUAGGUACCAGCAGGUCCGCACCCACAGUGGCCGCCAGACGCAGCAGCAGAUCAACACAAGACAGCAGCUUGCGCAGCAGCUCAACCAGCCUGACCCAGGCAGGCUGAACGAUGAAGGUGCAGCCAAGGACCAGCAGCAGGCCCUCCUCGCAGACCUGCACGCGAUAGCAGAGGGCGCCCUCGUGGAUCCAGGGACGAUCAGCAGGGUAGCAGAGGAGGUAAAGAGCAUGGCCAAGCUACUCACAAAGGCGGUGAAGAAGGCGUACAUCCACUGGGUGCACGACGCCACGGCAGGCAGUGCGAAGAUGGCCCACGCCUACACCAAAGCAGCGGAGCGCAGCCAUCUGGAGGACAUCCUAGAGCACGAGGGCCAGGUCAUCAACCACCCGCAGCAGCUGGUGGACUUGCGCAAAGAAGCAUGGCAACGCAGGUGGACACGAGAUGCGCAGAAGGCCGAGAGGAUCCAAGAGGCGCUGGCCAAGCUGAGGCAGGCUGCCCUGGCCCAAGAGAAUGCCCUCGAGCCCAUCAGCAAGGACAUCAUAGGCUCCAUCAUCCAGCACCUGAAGAGCAAUGCAGGCCAAGGAGCGGACUGGUGGAGGGCUCCAGAGCUCAAGGCCAUGGGCGCCCAGGGGCUGGAAGAUUUCGUGCAGUGCCUGACCAGCUGUGAGCAACGGGCAGCCUGGCCGUGGCAAUUCUACCUGGUGCUGGAACUGCUGCUGGGUAAGAAGCCAGGAAUCGGGGGAGAGCGGCCCAUCGGCCUCAUGCCCAUGCCGUACCGCAUCUGGAGCGCAGCCAGGAGGCCCAUAGUAGCCACCUGGAGCAAGGCAGCGGCGGGCUUCUGGGAUACGGCAGUAGCUGGCUCCUCAGCGCUACGAGUGGCAAUGCACAGACUUAUGAGGGCAGAAGCCGCCACGGAGAUGGGCUUUCAUGCAGCAGGAGUGUUCUACGACGCGGCAAACUUCUACGACAACAUAGGCCUCGACCAGCUGAUCGAGAAGGCCAGUGCCCUCCAGUACCCGUUGCUGCCGCUGGCAAUGGCCGCGCAGAUGUACCUUGCGCCCAGGGCCAUCAUGGCCCACGGCCUCUUCUCGGACAUCUUUGAGCCUGCCAGCAGCAUGGUAGCAGGCUGUGGCCAAGCGGUAGACCUCACCAGACCGCUCCUGUAUGGAAUCCUGGAUGCAGCGCACAGGCACCACAUCUUCGUCGUCAUGCAGCAGUACCUGGACGACUUGGCCAUGCAGGUAGAAGGCGCGCGGCGGCAGGUCAUUGACCAGAUCAAGCACGUGGCGGCGCUGGUGCACGAUGGUUUCAAGCAGCUCGCGAUCCCCAUCUCUGUCAAGACGGCAGUGGUGGCCUCGGACAAGGACCUCCAGGCAGAAGUCGCCAGCAUCCUGGACAGCCUGGGCACCCCCAACAAGCAACCAGGGGUAGUGCGCGACCUCGGCGUGGACACCAGCCUUGGAAAGCAGCUGCGGCGACCCACCCAUGCCGCGCGCCAGGCCAAGGCCAAGCAGAGGGUGGCCAAGCUCAGGGACCUGGCGAAGACGGACGCCAGAGGCGCGGCAAAGGUCUAUGCAGCAGGUGCCUACUGCCAGCAGGCUUGGGACUUACCAGCGCACGGCAUCACGCCCACGGAGGCGAAGUUGGUCAGGGCAACGGAGGCAGCGCUCCUCACAGGCGGACACAAGGCUGGACGCUGCACGUCCACCAUCCUCCUGAUCCAGAGGGGUAUGCAAGAGGCAGUAACCCGAGCCAUCGGCGACCAGAUCAAGCAGUUCUGGCUCACCGUAGUCGACCACCCGACGGAGCUCAAGAGGUACCAGAGGGGCUGGCUCCUGCUCUACGCCAAGCUGGGCGCCCUGGAACCCAACCGCAGGCGUAAAGGACAGCAUGCAGAGGCAGCCAUGCUGGAGACCAUAGCGGUGGCGGGCAUCUGGACCAGGGAGCGUCGCAGGGCGGCCAACCUCAACCAAGAAGGCGAUGACACCUGCGCGAGAUGCGGCGAGGCGACAGAGACAGAGGAACACCGCUACUAUGCAUGCCCUGCCAACGCAGAAAUAGGGCACAGCAAUGGCACCGACCUGGCGAAGAAGGCGAAGGACGCGCUGGACCAGCGGCAGGACCAGCAUUUCUGGCUCCGAGGCAUCCCGCCAGCGGCCUGGGCAGCCAAGGUCGACCCAGACGAGGACGCGGCGAAGGCGGCGCAGAUCUUCUGCACCAGCGAAGAGGCACAAGCUGCAGCCCAGGCAGGGCACAAGGUGCGAGCAGACUAUGUUUUUACGGACGGCUCAGGUGGUGCAGGGGAAACGGCCAGGGACCCCCGCCUCAGACGCUGCGGCUGGGCAGUGGUGGCAUUCAGGUUCGACGAACAAGGGCGUCCGCAGGAAGUGGCUGCCUGGUAUGGCACAAUCAGGGCACCGCACACGGUGCCACGGGCAGAGCUCACCGCCAUGAGCAAAGCCAUCGGGUACACCACGGCGGCGACAGCCAGGGGGCUCAACAUAGUCAGCGAUUGCAAAUACGCCCUGGACGCACUCAAGCAGAUCCAGGACCCUGAGGCUCUGGACUACAGGAGCACGAACUACGACCUCUGGCUCCAGACGAAGCAGCAGCUGCAGAACAGCACGGACACCAUCAUGGGCCACCACAUCCCGAGCCACCUGAUUGAGCACCCAACCGAGCUGGAGAGGUGGAAUGGUCCCACCUGGUGGGUCAUAGGUAAUGAGAUGGCAGAUAAGUGCGCAGGCUGGGGGGCGGAGCACGGAGCACUGGAUCCAGCUAUCAUCGUGCAGCAGCAGAUCAGAGACCAGAUCACCAUGGCGGUGCAGAACCGGCUGCUGGCCAUCAACAUGGCGGUGACGGUGGAGGACCCCAACAAGGCCCCUCAGCGUCCCAAGGCCAAGCGGCGAAAGCCGCAGACGGCGAGGGACAGGGCAGCCCAGCAGGGACACGACCUGCGAAAACUACAUCCGCGAUGGUGGUGUGCAACGUGUCGCAGUGGCCCAGCCAAAGGACAAAGCAUCAGAGACUGGUUGGCAGAGACGGGAAAAUGCCUCGGGAAGUACGGCGGCCACCAGGACCAGCACGGCAACGUCAGGCUCGACUUCAAGGCGGUGCAGAUCGGCACGCAGGUGGUGCACGGCUCCCACAAGACGCAGUACACCCAUGGCUGGCUCUGGUGCGAGAAAUGUGGCGGCACCAGCUACCUUGGGGACCACAAGAGCAGGAUCGUGGCAGGAGUGGCAAGGAAGCUGGCAAGGCCAUGUCAGCCCCCAACAGCAGCAGGGCGGCGAGUCUUGGAGGACAUGCAGAGGGGCAAGCUGCCUAGAGGAGCUAAGCCAGCAGCAGACCCAGCUGAUGAGGGUCUCGACGAGAUCACCAUGCCAGGUGAAUUCAAGCUCGGCCCGAGUAACCACGAGGUGAUCGACCUGGACGGGGACAGCUCAGUGGCAGGGGGCCCGCAGCCAGCUCCGCAGCAGCCACCCAGCCAUCCGUACUCUGUCGUCCACGCCAGCUUGAGGCUCGUCGACCACAUGGAGGGCUACGCAGAGCUGUGGAUGAACAUGGUCGACCAAGAGGUCUGGGACGAUAUGGACGACUGGAUGGAGCACUGCGUGCCGUACCUCCUGGCCAUCACCAAUGUGGGUGGCAGAACGGACACGCAAGAGCAGACCAGGGCCGUCACCGUGCAGGAGAUCCAGCAGAUAAAGGACUUCUGCGAAGAAGUCUGGCGCAACACGCACCGCACGCGACGGAGGCUCAUGACCAGGAUGCUUACCCUCCCGCAUGGCACAAGGCAGCAGGCAGCUAGAGUGCACAUGGACGCCUUCCACAACAGAAGGAACAACAUCAUAGCGCACAGCAUCCCCAGCAGUGAGCGCAGGCCGCUGCCGAGAACAGCGGAGGCCAGCCGAGAGUGGUCACCAGAGAACCUGGACGAUGAUGACUCGACCCCAGACAGUGAAGCCCCAGAGCAGGAGGGUGAGCCGAGCAGCCAGGAGAUGGAGGCCAUGGCGGGACCUGAUCAGAGGCACGACGCCAACAGCCUGAUGCAGACGGCAGUGCAGGUGGCAGUAACGCUGACCAAGCCAGUGGGGCCCGACCUGAAGAAGUUCGUGAGCGAAGCUGACGAGGCCGGCUUGCUCCACCCAAGGCUACGACACAACAAAGGAGAAGCUGACCAGGACCCCGAGCAGGAGGUGGCGUGGCUCGAGAGGAACAGGCUCGAGCAGCUCAUGCAGUCGCUGGCAGGCUGUUGGAGCCAGAAAGAGGGCGAGCUGGGCUGGCCAUCGUGGCAGGCCGCGUGCGCGCCCCAUGUGCUGAGGGCGCUGCAGACUGGCGUCUAUCAGAGGCUUUUCAGCCACGUGUCAGGGGCGAGCCGCCAGCGCAGCCAGCGCCGAGCGGCGGAGGAGAUCUGCCGCCUGGCAUGGCUCAACAGCGGAGAGGAGCGCAGACAGAUCCAGCAGCAGGACCCGAAGGAGGCAGAGCGGCGCAGAGCAACGGCUGAGCAGAUCCCGGGCGUGACUGAGCCAGAGGUGAGGAGCCGCAGACGCAGCACCAAGGACAUGGCAGACCUCGACCAUUUCCCUGAAGAGGAGAACAGAGAGGAUAGCCCCCAGCAGGCCGUAGACAAGCAAAGCAGCGAUGACAACCACCAGCAGUUCCCAGAUGUACAGCACAGCAUAGGGUACCACCUGGCAGACCGCAGAGGACCCCAGCGUGGCGAGGGGUUAGGCCACGGAGGACCCCAGCGCGGUGAGGGGUUAGACCGCAGAUCCAAUGACAAGCAGAGGAUCGAGGCGGAGGUCCCUGACGAGCCCAGUGAGCAUGACGCGGACGUCUUGACCAACAGUGUGGUAGACAG